CGCCUCUGAGGGGCCGCGAGGGUGCGGCGUGCCCGGCUCCCGUCUUCUCCCUCUGGCACCUUGGCCUGGCGGCUCCUGCGGCUCGUUGCGCAGCUGUACGCCCGUGGCCCUGAGAGGAGCUGCCAAGCUUAACUUUCAACAGAGAGGAACAUGUUGCCAGUGUCACCGACAUACAGCUUUUACCCGCCAGCAGACUUCAAAGCCGUCUCCUUGAAAAGGGAUCGACAGAACCUGUCACUGAACCUUCCUGUUCAACAGCUGCCCUCGUCUCCUAGACCCUUACCCCAUGGGCUUCAUCUCUGGCUGGCCAAUGGACAUUGGGCGAUCCUGAAUGCUGUCUGUGGGAGCUCUCUAGGCACAGCGGCUGCUGGGAUGUUGCGACAGAACGGUGGAAGUAACAAACGUGGUUUGGGAUUGGCCCGGCUGUCUACCUCCAACUUCUUCACCAUCUCUAAUUCGGGAAAUUGGGGAAUGGGGCGCAGCACCAAGAGCAGCUCUCUGAGCAGCAUUAGCUCCAAUUCUGACUGCUAUGAUAAUCCUGUUGUGGACCCAGAAUACAUCAUGCAGCUGGUGAAUGAUGUUAGAAAAUUUGCAGAUGUGCUACUCUACUUGAAGGAAGCCAUUUGUUCAGAAGAAAACCAAGAUGGACUGCAUCAUGUUGUACACGAACGCUUGGGAGAGUUGCUGCGUGUUUUAAAAGCAGUGAUAAAUAAACAUCAGACUCUAAACUCAGUUGAUAUUCUUAGCGCUGCAGGAACAGUUAUUGCAAAAGUAAAAGCGGUGAACUUCAAAGAAGUUAAUGAAGAAAACAAAAGAGAACUCUUCAGUGAAGUAUUUUCUUCCAUUGAGACAUUGGCAUUCACAUUUGGAAACGUUAUUUCAGACUUCCUUAUGGGAGAUGUAGACAAUGGCUCGUCGCUGGGACUUCCUGUAUCUCGGAGAAGCCGGUCUUUUGAGAAUCUCUCUGUGGAGUCUGGGGGUUCACUGCAUGAAAGGGAUGAUAUUCAAGGACAUCUUCGAGCAGAGGAAGUGGACAGCAUGCUCCUAAGAAAUGACAGUGGAAUUGAAUCAGCUCUGUCGUAUGCUAAAGCGUGGUCAAAAUAUACCAAGGAUGUAGUCGCAUGGGUAGAAAAAAAGCUUAGCUUGGAGGUGGAGUGUGCUAAAAACUUAGCAAAAAUGGCAGAAACUGCUAAAGCUGUAGUUGGACCCCAGGAUUAUAUGCCAUUCCAAUCAAUAUUCCUUAAUGCUUUUCAAAAUGAUAUUGAGAACAAUCAACUUUGGCAACAAACAGCUGCUGCUCUCCAGUCUAACAAAUUUGUGCAGCCUCUUUUGGGAAGAAAAAAUGAGUUGGAUAGACAAAGGAAAGAAAUCAAGGAGCUUUGGCAGCGUGAACAGAAAAAAAUGCAAGAGCUGGAAGCUUCUCUAAGAAAAGCAAAGUUGCUGUAUACACAGCGUCAAGAUGAGUAUGAAAAGGCCAAAUCCUGUACUGCUCGUGCUGAAGAGGAACAUCUUAGUUCAAGUGGAAGCUUUGCAAAAGAUGUCAGCAAGCAGCUGGAAAAAAAACGAAGGCUAGAAGAGGAGGCUCUUCAAAAAGCUGAAGAGGCCAAUGAAUACUAUAAAGCAAGCAUGGCAGAAGUUGAAGAAAAAAGAAGUGAUUUGGAAAGCUUUAAAAGUGAUGUUUUAACGCAGCUUCGGGAACUUAUUUACCAGUGUGAUCUAACACUUAAAGCUGUAACAGUUAACCUGUUCCAGCUGCAGCAUGCACAGGUUGUAUCUCUUCCAGUGAACUGCCAGUCGCUCUGUGAGAGUGCCAAACUUUAUGACCCUGGUCAGCAGUAUUCAGAGUUUGUGAAAAGUUUGCCAAAGGAAGGUGUUCGUAUUGAACCAGGUUCUUUUGAAACCCAGAGCUCCCAGAUUGAUGGGGUUUUUAAUAAGCAGUCAGCCAACAGUAUCCAUACAUCACACGGUAACUUAUCUCACUGUUCAGGAGACUUUCCAACCCAAAUGUUAGAUGAUGUGGGAAGUCCAAUCUAUCAUCGCUCCCAAAGGAUUGGUGAGAAGAGGUCUUCCAGCAGCACAGAUAUCCAAGUGAUGCGAGGGCCACCGCCAUUCAGAUCUUGGUCAGUUGGAAACCAGAGUGGAGGAAUGUGCAGUGAUUCUGAAAGUGCAGGGGGAAGCAGUGAGUCACGAUCUAUGGAUUCUCCAUCUGCUAGCCCAGGGGAUUUUAAAAGACGACUUCCACGAACGCCUUCUACUGGUACUAUGUCAUCUGCAGAUGAUCUUGAUGAAAGAGAACCACCAUCUCCUUCAGACUGUGGUUUAAAUGAUCUGACAUCUGAAACUGCAAAUUCUCCAGGACCUUUUAGAAACACAAAUAUGUCCAAAGCAGCGCAAACACACAAACUACGGAAGCUGAGGGCUCCGUCUAAAUGCAGAGAGUGUGACAGCUUAGUGGUAUUUCAUGGAGCUGAAUGUGAGGAGUGUUCACUUGCAUGCCAUAAGAAAUGUCUAGAGACAUUAGCUAUUCAGUGUGGACACAAAAAACUUCAUGGAAGGCUUCACUUGUUCGGAGUGGAAUUUGCUCAAGCUGCUAAAAGUGUCCCUGAUGGCAUUCCUUUCAUCAUCAAGAAGUGUACAUCCGAAAUUGAAAGCAGAGCACUGAAUGUCAAGGGUAUCUAUCGUGUGAAUGGAGCCAAAUCAAGAGUUGAAAAGCUUUGUCAAGCUUUUGAAAAUGGAAAGGAUUUGGUUGAGCUCUCAGAACUUUAUGCACAUGAUAUUAGCAAUGUUCUCAAGCUGUAUCUUCGCCAGCUUCCAGAACCCUUGAUUUUAUUUCGGCUUUACAAUGAGUUCAUUGGACUUGCAAAAGAAAGCCAGAGUGUCAGUGAGGAAUUGGAUGCUAAACAGGCUAGCCCCAACUCAAAGAAAAGACAAUCAAUCUGUAUCGAGCUGAAUAGAAUCAUCAUUAAAAUUAAAGAUCUUCUGAAACAACUGCCUGUACCAAACUAUAACACUCUUCAGUACCUUAUUGGCCACCUGCACAGGGUUACAGAACAGUCUGAUGAAAAUAAAAUGUCAGCUAGCAACCUUGGCAUAAUAUUUGGCCCAACUCUGAUCAGGCCACGCCAAACAGAUGCUACAGUUUCUUUAUCAUCACUUGUGGAUUAUCCGUAUCAGGCCCGGGUGGUGGAGCUGCUCAUAACAUACUAUGAGAAGAUAUUUGAUGUUUCAAUGCAACCAUUUCUGAGCACAUCACAGACUGAAGAAAAUGCCAUUACAGUCAGAGUUGCUUUAUCAGCAGAAGAGAGGGAGCCACAGCAGCAGAGGAAGUCAUUUGUUGCUGUAAAGGAAGGUGUUCUAAUAGCUCCAGGUGAAAACAGAGCUUCAGAAACAACUGGGUUACUUUUGGAAUCGAACAAUAGCAAGAAUGCAAAAGAACAAGUAGAUACAUCUGUAACUGAACAUGUGUCGCUGCAACUUGGUGGAGCUAAAUCAGAGGGCUCUGGAAAGAGUAAUUCUCUACUAGGAUCAUCAGCUUCCAACACUUCGGACGUUCAUAUUUCUGCUCCCAAAGAGCCAGGUGAAGAGAGCUGUAAAGUUAACUUAUUUCCUGCAAAACCUAAUCGUCAAAUUACCAAAGUUCCAUUGCGGGUUCCAAGGACAAAACCAGCUAUUCGUCCCGUGAGCUUACCUGUAGACCGAAUACUUCCUCCUUGUGUUUUGAAUGAGAGAAAUUCACGAAAUGCAGGAGCUGUAAGUCCAGAAAAGCUUGGCAGAAGCCCUACUAUUGAAGAAGUUUCAGAGGUUAAGGCACUCCCCGCUGUCAAUACAUUCUGCAGACUUUCUUGUUGUGACACUCAGAUGCUGCAAAAAACCUGGGACAAACAAUAUAAACAGUAUGAUAUCACAGCAAGGACAGCAAUGAUUGUGACAAAUGUGCCCCAGGAGAACCGAGCACUUGAGAGUGGAACUGCAGGUGCCUUAUCUUCAUCAUGUAGUAACAAUUCAGCUAAUGCCAUUCUUGCUAGUAAGCCAUAUUCUCUUUCUGUCAGGUCAGGAAGGACAGCAGCAGAUGGGAACAGUUCAGAUGCCCAUCCUCUUGCUGCCUUCAGGGCACCAAGAACACUGCAGCCACCCCCAGGGACAUUUUAUAAACCACCUUCUAACAAAUCCAAACAAAGUGAAAAGAGUUCAGUAGAACAAGCGAAAGCUUGUGCAUCAACCAGUGUUAGCUCUGUGCUUCAGCAGGAUACUGUGAAAUUGGCUAGGAGCUCUGCGCUUCCAUUGGGCAAUCCUGGACAAAGCACAAGUGAACAACAAACUGGCUCAGAGGAUACUCACUCCACAGAUCUAAAGCCUGCUUACCAGAGACUAAGGCCAAAAAGGAUCCAAGAGCUAGAACACAGGGAAGCUCACUUUGUAUAGGGUGCAAAUGCCUUUUGGACUGAAUACAAUGUGUUGAUCUUGCCAGGGAAAACUUCGCUCUGACCCUUUAUCCUUUGCUUUCCCUUGAGAAUCCUACUUUUGUGCCAUAUGGGAGUUAUUUUUUUAUAUAUGCUGCCUUUUAAAAGUGGGGGGGAAGAGGUGUGGAAUUGUGAUGGUAAUGAGUCAAAUUUUUUCUUGUAAUUCAGUGGAUUUUCAUGAAGAUUUAUUGCAUCCCGUGUCUAGAUACAGCAAAUUUAUUCAUUGAGUAAGAUACACAGCGCUCUGUUUCAUUGUAUGGAAUGAAGUGCUUAACUAUAGAGGAAUGACUAUCACAUGUAGCAAUGAAAUGACCUAUUUUUCAUAAUAGAUGUUAUUAAUAAAAUUUGAAGGGCUGGUAUUCAAUGUCUAAGCAUAAACCAAAGCUUGUGCUUUACUCUAUAAAAGCAUUUGUUCAGUUUUUUAAUCUGUGCAAUUAAGGCUUUGCUCCUGAACAGACUUACAUGCUGGCCAGCAUGGCCCAUUAUUAUGUAUCAUAUGUGUAUAUUUAGGCGAAUGUGGUUAUCUGUUGCCAGUUCUCUAUGUUGUCACUUUAAUUUUUUGUUGUUGUACAGCAAGGAUGCACUUACUGAGCUUCACCAUUCAGAAGCAGCAAUUGAGCCACAUCUGGGAUUUCUUGUGUAGCUUAGUGAGUGGGACAAAUGUGCACAGUCCUUUUUAUGGGUGCCCUUGUGGGGAGACUGAGUUGCAGCGGUGCUGUCUUUCGCAGCGGACUGGAACGGCGGUGGUUUGCUUGCUAUAGAUCAGUUUCGCCUUAACCUGGUGCAACUGAAAUGAAGAGCGCGGCUUCCAAGUUUCAGCAAAAAACCUGAAAAUAACCAAAAACCUACAGCAGUAGGUGCAUUUAAUGGUUUCCACUGUGUAUGAAAUGGUUUUUACGUGUACACUGUUGUAUUUGCUUUGAAAUAUAUUAACUUGUUAACA